AUGUGAUCAAAUUUUUUACCCGGAAGUGGCUAUCCUCCAUUUCAGACAGCAAUGAAUCAACCGACGAAAGUCGUCUAAAACCGGGUUGUACCAUUGAUAUUGAUUAACGCUCUGUCCAUUAUAGCCCAGUUUCUUUGCAGACCGUAACCAUACUUCAUUCAUGGCAACCUUACAGAAAGCUAUUGACAUUGUUACCAAAGCCACAGAGGAAGAUAAAAACAAGAAUUAUGAAGAAGCCUUAAAGUUAUAUGAACAUGGAGUGGAGUAUUUUCUCCAUGCCAUGAAAUAUGAAGCUCAAAGUGACAAGGCCAAAGAAAGCAUCAGAGCUAAAUGUAUGCAGUAUCUUGACCGUGCAGAGAAGUUAAAGAAAUAUGUUUAUGGUAAAAAGAAAAACCCGGUCGCUGAUGGAGGGGGUGGUACCCUGGGAGGAAAAAACAACAAGAAAGGAAAAUCAAUUGAUAGCGACUCGGAUGAUGAGAAGGCUGAUCCAGAAAACAAAAAGUUCAAUGACCAAAUUUCAGGAGCAAUUGUGAUGGAAAAACCCAAUGUGAACUGGGACGAUGUCGCUGGACUUUAUCAGGCUAAAGAGUCCUUAAAAGAGGCGGUCAUUUUACCAGUAAAGUUUCCUCAUCUUUUCACAGGCAAACGUAAACCGUGGCGAGGAAUUCUAUUAUUUGGGCCUCCUGGUACCGGAAAGUCCUACUUGGCAAAGGCUGUGGCUACUGAGGCUGACAACUCGACGUUUUUCUCAGUAUCAUCUGCAGAUUUGGUGUCCAAAUGGCUUGGAGAGAGUGAGAAAUUGGUAAAAACACUCUUCCAACAAGCAAGGGAACACAAACCCAGCAUCAUAUUUAUUGAUGAAGUGGAUGCCCUCUGCUCAUCCCGAGGGGAGGGUGAGUCAGAGUCAAGUCGACGUAUCAAAACCGAGUUCUUGGUACAGAUGCAGGGAGUGGGGAAUGACAAUGACGGGGUACUUGUGCUUGGCGCCACUAAUAUACCCUGGGUACUUGAUUCGGCCAUCAGGAGGAGAUUUGAGAAGAGAAUAUACAUCCCGUUACCAGAGGCUCCAGCUAGAAUGGCCAUGUUUAAGCUUCACUUAGGGGCCACCCCACACAACAUACAAGAACAUGAGUUCAAACAACUCGGCGAAAGAUCAGAUGGGUAUUCAGGAGCAGAUAUAAGUAUCGUUGUAAGAGACGCAUUGAUGCAGCCUGUGAGGAAAGUACAGACAGCCACACACUUCAGGAGAGUACGUGGCCCCUCCAGAAGCGAUCCCAACGUGAUAGUUGAUGACUUGUUGACCCCUUGCUCGCCGGGGGCUCCGGGCGCUUUCGAAAUGUCCUGGAUGGACGUACCCGGAGAAAAACUACUUGAACCUAUAGUUAGUUUGAGUGAUAUGCUUAUGUCUUUGGCAACCUCAAAGCCGACUGUCAAUGAGGAGGAUUUGAAACGCCUACAGACGUUUACAGAGGAUUUCGGACAAGAAGGAUGAUGCUUCCUCACUUAUAUCUGUUGUGAUCAGUGCUGUGUUACGACGUGUUACGACUGUAACGGUCAUGCAUGAGUUCAUUUGUGCAAAAAAAAAUAUUCAUUUGCCCACAAACGAGUGCAUACGUGCGUCCUUGCAUCUGUGAAAUGAUGUGACGUGGGAUUAAACUUUUUAAAAACUCUUUCGUCAUUUCAAAAGAAAGUUGUUGUUGAUAUAUUGUUAGGUCAUUCUUGAUACGAAUUAUGAAGAUGACAUUGUUUCAUACUUAACAAUCGUAGCCAUAUCACUAGAUAUGAUUGCUGCAAAAUUAUCAUUAUUUUUUUGUGCACGAAAGAGCUGAUUUCGACUAUAGUCCUUUCAUAGCUGACAAUGUGAUAGACUAGAUAACAUAUAUAUAAAUCAGCUUUACAUGUGACUUCGGGACAAUGAAAUGGAUUCAAGUUAACUGUUUAUCUGUGAGACUUCAUAGCUUCUGAAGAAUUUGCCUCCCUCGUUUUGCCUCGAAAAAUUUGUUAGCGAAUCGUCCAUGUUACAAAGGCCACUGAUUUCACAACGGCCAAAAUAUUUAGAUCAGGGCAACCCUGAACUCAUUUUUGUCCUCUCCUUUUAUUUUGACCAAGUUUUGAUAAGCACUGUCAAAGUCUGUAUUCUUGCUUUUUAUAAAAAAAACACAUUGAACGUUCAACAGAAAAUGGCUCAACAUUGAACGUACAAUUAUAGAUGGUGGACACCAAAAGAAAGAACUAUUGGGAUGAGUGGUACAAGAUUAAAAAAUAAUUUCUGGAACGGAUCUCCAACAUCUUGAUAUAACAAGGGUUUUCUUCUUGGACUUGUAUAUUCCCUGAGGGAAGGUAUUGCUUAAAGAUCCCUGUCCCACUGCACUGUUGUUUUCCCUAUAUACAGUUACCUCCCCUUAACCUCCGUUUGGAUAUUACUGUAGCACAAUUGGGCCUGUAUCAUUCUCUUCACCAUUGUCAGUGAUGGUAUAACAAUCUGAAGUCCUGGGUUCGAAUCCAGGUCUAGCCCCACAGAAUAUUUUACACUCGAAACACUGUUGUUGAUGUUAUUUUGUUUAUUUCAUUUCGUUACGUUUUCAUAAAAGUCCUGUAAGGAUAAUUUUCAUUUCAAAAAUGAUUUACAAGAAUUCGAACUAUAGACAUGUUUGUAAAAAAAGUUUUGAAUGCAUGGUUUCAAUUUUUUGGCAGCAGUACUGGGAUUUCUUAAAUUUGGAAAAACAAUGUUUGAAAAAUGUACUUGAAACUAGCCGGCUGUGAGGAAAUGAGUUUUUUUUUCUCUUUUCUUUCUUGCAAAUUAGAUUACAGAAAAAUUACAUGAAUGGAUAAUUGGUUUAAAUAAACAUGAGUGUUUUUUUAGUAAGAAUUCCUGUUGUCAUUUGUUAAGGAGAUAUAAUGAUACCUGUGAAAUGUGCUUCUUUCAAAAGAGUUCCCUUCAAAGAAAUUUGUAGAAUUUAAGGUAGGAACAAAUACAACUGUUGGUUUUCAUAAUAAUGUCAAUUUAUAGGUUAUUAUAUAGUAGUAAGAGCAACCCCAUCCUCUGACAAUUUCAGUAACUAAUGACUUUUCCGGUUCUACGCGCAUUCCCUCACACAACUGUGAGCUAGUGUGGUGUACAAAUUUCAACUCCUUGCAUACAAAUGAAGGCUGUACAUACACCAUAGUCUGCUUAGACAAAAAACUUGAUCUGAGUCUAACUUUGCAUAACUGAAUUGUAUAACUUCCGUAUGUCUUCUCUAUAUUAUUUUCCUAGAUAUACAUAUCAUUGUUUACAGCUAUAUAUAGACUUGCCGAGAAUGGUACUGGUUGGCACGGAAAAACAGAAGAGCUAAAUUUUCAGCACUACCAAGACAAAAAACUUGAUCUGAGCCCAACUUUGCCUUGCUGAGUUGUAUAACUUCCCUGUAUCUUCCCUAUAUCAUUUCACUGGAUGCAUGUAUAAUUGUAUACAGCUGUAUAUGGACUUGCCAAGAACUAUACUAGUUGGUACGGAGAAAAAAACAUGAGCUUAAUCUUCAGCAGUCGAAGGUAUUACCAGUUGCAAUUAGCUUUGGUUUUAUUCCAACUCAUGAGCUCAAACUGAGAGAAAACGUUAUAAAACCGUUAUCCACCCCACCCAAGUUUUAUCAUUCGACUCAAGCUCAAGUUUUCUCAAAUUUGAGACAUCCAAGGGUUGUUUUUUCUCAACUCUAUCAGUAAUUGUGUAAUGGAAACUAGAUUUGAUGCAUGUGAAACUUCUUGAGGAUUUCUUACCUGAGAACACCUGUUUGUACGAUUGGUGUUGGUAUGGUAUGUUUUCUUGUCUAUAUUGAUGAGUAUGUGCACAUUUUGGUACUUGAGUACAUAGAGGCUAUUCAAUGAGUGGUAAUUAUUAGGAUCAAGUUAUCCAUUUGAGCAAGCAAGCAAGCAAGCAAGCUAUCUCAUAUGUAACUUACAAGCUUCAGGAAGAAUGAAUUCGAAGUCAUAAAUCAAUUGGUUAUAUUUUGUUUCUCCCAUGACAAGAAAGUGAAUUUUUAAGAUUGUAUGACAUGUUAUAUAAAGUCAUUUUACAGUGUGAAAUUUACCAGUAAGAUAUACCAAUGUCUGGAAGUUAAAACGUUUUUAACUGUAAGGGGAGACAAAUCUGUACAAUAUUCUUCUCCAGGAAACUAACAUAGAAAAUAAAAUCACUAAUGAAAAGAAAUACUAUAACGGUAAAAACAUCAAUAUAAGUUCAUUGGUUCAUUUAAAUUUACUAUUUAUGACAUUCUACUUAUAACAAAAUGAAUUAAACUAUGUGUACCAUUGUUUAUGUUAUUUUACAUUUUAUGCAGAGUUAUGUCCCCUUCCACAAUAAUUGAUUCUUCCAUGUCUGCACCGUGUAGACAAUAAUGGACUUAUCCAGAUCAAUGCAUGGCAGAGUUUAUUUAAGUUACAUAGGGGUGAAAGGGCUCAAUAAAGAUAAUGGUUAUAUUGAUGCAUGUUCAGUUGAUACUUUAUGAUUUGUUCUAUACUAGAUAUGGUAUUUUUAAGUUGAUACAAGAUGCACAGAGCCGGAUAAUUCCACCAAUUUAAUAUUUACAUUAGCAUAUAUACUGAUUCAUUAGAAAACAGAAUUUAAAUCUCCACUUCAUUGAAACAUUCUAUACCCAGUUACUAUAGAUUUAUAAAUAAUCCAAUCUUACUUUAAACAGUUUAUUUUUAAAAAAAAACACUAGAAAUGACAUGCUCAGUAUUACAAAUUACUAACAUGUCUCCAUUUUUAUUGUUAUUUCUAUUUAAUUGAUGGGAGGAGCAUGGAAAGUACACGACUGGAACAAUAUUUGUAUCACUAAAGCAUUAUGAUUAAUUUAUAUCAAUAAUGCAGAAAUCACAUGUAUGUGUGUUACUAGUUAAAAGUUUGAACUUUGAUUUUCAUUUACCGGUAAGGACAACAUCAUAUUUAGUACGAGUGUCCUUGGAGCUUAAUGUGAGUUAAAAAUGUGUUUUAAAAAGACAUGUGUAUCAUAGAAAAUCAUCAAUUUUCAUUAAUAGAAUACUAAUACAUGUAAAGUUAUAUGCGAUUUCGGAAUGAUUUUAUUUGGGUUCAUCAUUUUUUCAUCAAUGUGUAUGAUAUUGUAAAUUAGUGUGUUUAAUAAUAGUACACAAUUCUGUAAAUUGUAUUUAAAAACUUUAUGUAAAUAUUAAAAUCCAUCCAACAGUU